UUUAUAAGAAAAAGAUACCUUACGGAAAUUUAAAAUACGGUUAUAGGCGAUUCAAUCUCUCAAUCAUCUUUUUCAAUAUAAAUACAUGUCAGAAGCUGGAAAUUUUAGAGGAUGUCCACUACGUGAGCCUGAGAUAAUUGUGGCAAGCCGCCAGUGUAUUCGCGUGAGAGCGUCAUGGGAAGAGAGUAAACUACUGGAAUAGUUUAGAGAUGGCUACUGCAGCUUAUAAUUAUGUCGUCACUGCCCACAAACCAACUGCUGUUACAGCAUGUGCCACCGGUCACUUAACAUCACCGACAGAUUUGAACUUAGUGGUGGCACGCAACAACAGGGUUGAACUCCAUUUGGUGACUCCAGAGGGUCUACGACCUCUUAAGGAACUUCCCAUAUAUGGCAAAAUUGCAUGUAUGCACCUCUUUACUCCCAUGAAUGAAAAAAAGGACCUGUUGUUCAUCCUGACAACCCGAUACUGUGCCAUGAUCUUGGAGUGUGUUGGGGAUGGAGACCAGCUGGAAAUUCUGACCCGUGCACACGGAAAUGUUGCCGAUAAAAUUGGCAAACCAUGUGAGACAGGAAUGAUAGCCAUUGUUGAUCCUCAAGCUAGAUGCAUUGUCCUACGACUGUAUGAAGGUCUCAUCAAAGUCAUCCCUCUUGACAAAGACAACAAUGAACUAAAGGCAUACAACAUAAGGGUUGAUGAAUUACAGAUCCAAGACAUUGAAUUUCUUUAUGGAUGUUCCAACCCAACAAUCAUUAUUAUAUAUCAAGACACUCAUGGAAGACACAUCAGGACCCAUGAGAUUUCUUUAAAAGAAAAGGAAUUUUCUAAGAUGCCCUGGAAGCAAGACAAUGUUGAAAUGGAAGCUUCAACUAUCAUUGCUGUACCUGAACCAUAUGGUGGAGCAAUUAUUAUUGGGCAAGAAACCAUCUCUUACUUCACCAGCACCUCACAUGUGACAGUGGCACCAGCACUUAUCAAGACAAGCACCAUUGUUUGUUAUGGGAAAGUUGAUGCAAAUGGCUCCCGGUACCUGCUGGGAGACAUGUCUGGUAGGCUCUUCAUGUUGCUGUUGGACAAAUCAGAUGACCGACCUGAGGCUCUUGUGAAGCUGGAACUACUUGGAGAGACCUCUAUACCUGAGUGUCUAACAUACCUGGACAAUGGUGUGGUUUUUGUGGGUUCUCGCCUUGGUGACUCUCAGUUAGUGAAGCUCAACACAGAACCAGAUGCAUCUGGUCAGUAUGUGACUAUAAUGCAGACCUUCAAUAAUCUUGGUCCCAUUGUGGACAUGGUGGUUGUGGACCUAGAGCGACAGGGACAAGGACAGCUUGUGACUUGCUCAGGAGCUUUCAAGGAAGGAUCACUAAGGAUAAUUCGAAAUGGCAUUGGAAUUCAUGAGCAAGCAUCCAUUGAACUAGAGGGUAUCAAGGGAAUGUGGUCCCUCAGUGUGAAUUCUCCCAAGUUCCAUAACACCAUUGUGCUCUCAUUUGUAGGCUUAACAAGGGUGCUGACACUUAGUGGAGAAGAAGUUGAAGAAACAGAGAUUGCUGGCUUUGUGUCAGACCAACAAACGUUCCUGUCUGCCAAUGUUAAAUAUGAUCAGCUUCUUCAGGUAACUGGUACUUCGUGCCGACUUGUUAAUGAGAACACGGGACAGUUGGUAUGUGAGUGGCGACCUCCAGAGGGACGCAACAUCUCAGUAGUAGCAGCCAAUGUCAAUCAGGUGGUUGCUGCAGCUGGCCAGCUCAUAUAUUAUAUUGUUAUCCAUCCUGGAGCCUUAAAACUCGAAGCGCAAACUAUGGUAGAACAUGAAGUUGCUUGCCUUGAUGUAUCUCCACUCUGGGAAGAGGAAAUGGCAUCAGUAGUGGCUGUAGGUUUGUGGACUGACAUCUCUGCACGAGUCUUGGCUCUUCCUUCUCUCGAGGAAAAUGCCAAAGAGUUUCUUGGUGGAGAUAUUAUUCCCCGGUCCAUCUUGAUGACCACAUUUGAGGGGCAUCACUACCUCCUGUGUGCCAUGGGAGAUGGUCAGCUGUUCUAUUUCAGCUAUACGUCAGCCACUGGCUAUCUCUCCGAGAAGAAAAAAGUUGUCCUUGGAACUCAACCCACCACACUGCGCCGAUUCCGAUCCCUCUCCUCAACAAAUGUUUUUGCAUGCUCAGAUAGACCUACUGUCAUCUAUUCAUCAAAUCAUAAGUUGGUCUUCUCAAAGGUGAACCUAAGAGAAGUUACACACAUGUGUCCACUUAAUGCUGAAGCAUAUCCCAACAGUCUUGCACUUGCUACCAGUGAAGGUAUCACCAUAGGCACCAUUGAUGAAAUCCAGAAGUUACACAUCCGGACUGUUCCUCUUGGGGAAACUCCUCGGCGUAUAGCAUAUCAAGAGGAGACAGAGACAUUUGGGGUAAUAACGAUGCGAGUGGAUGUAAUGGGUGACAUUGGCUUGCGCAGUGGAGGUACAGUGGCUUCACUGGGUGCCCACUCCAACUCUUCUGCUAUAACUACCUCCAGCCUUCUCAAACCAUCAAUGCCACCUCCUCCAGAAUUAGGACAAGAAGUGGAGACUCACAACCUUCUCAUCAUAUCACAAAAUACCUUUGAAGUGCUUCAUUAUCACAGUUUCCAUCUGGGUGAGUACGCUCUUAGUAUCUGUUCCACGCGCCUCAAAGAUGACCCAACAGUGUACUAUGUUGUGGGUACUGCCCUUGUUAACCCAGAGGAAUCAGAAUCCAAGCAAGGAAGAAUUAUUCUUUUCUCAUAUGCAGAAGGAAAACUGCAACAGGUGGCAGAGAAGGAGAUCAAGGGAGCAUGUUAUUCUCUAUGUGAAUUCCAGGGCAAGUUAUUGGCGUCAAUCUCCAGCACAGUACGACUCUUUGAGUGGACUAAUGAACGAGAAUUGAGACUAGAGUGCUCCCACUUUAAUAAUGUGGCAGCCCUUUGUCUGAAAACCAAAGGUGACUUUAUCCUUGUAGGAGACUUAAUGCGCUCAAUGACACUUCUCCAGUACAAGACAUUGGAAGGAAGUUUUGAGGAGAUUGCUCGAGAUUAUGACCCAAAUUGGAUGACGGCCAUAGAAAUUUUGGAUGAUGAACUCUUUCUUGGGGCAGAACAUUCUAACAAUCUUUUUGUAUGUCAUAAGGACAGUGCUGCAACAUCAGAUGAAGAGCGGCAACAGAUGCAAGAGGUUGGAAGAUUUCACCUUGGAGACUUUGUUAAUGUGUUCCGCCAUGGAACAUUAGUGAUGCAAGGUGUUCCAGAGGCCUCUACAGUUACACAGGGAUGUGUCCUCUAUGGCACUGUGCAUGGUGCCUUGGGUCUUGUAACAAGUUUGCACCUGGAUCUUUACAAUCUGCUACUUGAGAUGCAGAAGCGCCUUGCACGAGUAAUAAAAUCUGUUGGAAAGAUUGACCAUGAUUUUUAUAGAAGUUUUAGCACUGAACGCAAGACAGAUCGCUGUGAGGGCUUCAUUGAUGGUGACUUGAUAGAAAGCUUCCUCGAUCUUAGUCCUGACAAGAUGAAAGAGGUUGCUCAAGGCCUUAUGAUUAAUGAUGGCUCUGGAAUGAAGUCUGAAGCCACUCCAGAUGACCUCAUCAAAACCGUUGAGGAACUGACGAGGAUUCAUUAAGCAUUCAUAAGGAAAUGCCUGGGAUUAUACUGCAGUAGGAAAAAUGCUGUUCUAAACUUAGUGUGCCUGAUCAUAAUGUAGAUAUUUAUUAUUUGGUAUUUUCUUGUGUUUCAAGCAUUUGUUUCUUUUCAUCAAUUUACAAGUCUCACCAUGCAACAGCAAAAAAAAAAACAAAAAAAACAUCAGCAAUUACUGCUAUAUGGAAUGAAUAUGUUUGCUACUGCUGCAAUUUCUUUAAUUUUAUUUAUUUGUGUUUUUUAAUGGAUAACCCUACAAUUUGACUGAUUUAUAUUAGUUUGCAUUAUGACAAGAUUCUCAAUCCAAAUAUUUAUUUUUAUUAUUAUUAUUAUUAUUAUUAUUAUUAUUAUUAUUAUUAUUAUUAUUAUUAUUGUGCAGCUAAUAUAUUUGUAUGUAUGCAUUUUUUGUUAUUUCUACCUUGAUUUAUUUUUAUUAUUUAUUAUUAUUAUUAUCAUUUUAUAUUUUAUUAUUAUUAUUAUUAUUGUUAUUGUUAUUAUUAUUAUUAUUAUUAUUAUUAUUAUUAUUAUUAUUGCUUUUUAUUUAUUCAUUUGUUUACUUGAGAAAGAACAAAAUGGCAUUGUUAUAAUAAUUAUGAAUUUCACUUUAACGCUGAUGCUGCAGCAGACUGCUCUCUGACCUGACAUACACUUUUAGUGUGAAUUUAUUGAUCAGUUUGGUGUUUCAUAAAAUGCAUUUCCUUUCAAAACAUAAUUAUAGUACAUAUAUUUACAGAAUAUUGUUCAAUUUACCAUAAGUAGCAAUUUUAUAUGGUUUAAAAUUUUCCACCAGUUGGAAAAAAAUUAAUAAAAAAAAAAUGCACUAAGUGCAGCAGAACCAGAGAUGAUUAAGUGGAGACAAAUUAUUAUUAUAUAUAUUUUUUUUACUAUCCAACCAAUCCAAAUCCCAAAUUUAAGGAAAAUAAGAAAUUAUCUCUUACAGGUGUAGUAAAAUGUGUAAAAAUAAUGUCUUUUUAUUUCACUAUGCACAGGAUAGUGUUUGUCAUUAACUAAUGUAUCUGUAGAAUCACUAAUUGAUUUGAUAUUUAUGCAAGUGACAUAUUGGUCAUACUCAAGUUAGCCAUCUUGAUAAAAAUUUGAAAAUCAAAUAUUUUUUUGUCAGGUAUGCAAUGUGCUGGUCAUAAGUCAAAAAUGUUGUAUGCCAAGUGCUUUGCUGUAGACCAACAUUCAUAUGAGAGCUGAAGAAUAGUGCAAUCACAUCUUGGGUUGUUAGGUAACGUGUGUAGUUAUUGUUUGAAUCCAUUUUGUUAUUACUUAAAAUUUCAUGUGUUAUUUAUCUAAUUAUUCAUUUUUUUAUUGUAUUUUAUUAUUGUAUUUAUAUCUUUAUUUCUUCCUAUUGCAUAACUGAAUUUAUGAUGAUACUUAUAUUAUUAUUAACUUGCAUAUCUUUUUAUUUAAUUGUUUUUUCUAUAUACUGAUGUGAAGUAGAGAUAAAGGCUUGUAUCAUGUAAUGUUAAGUCAUGCCAUGCAUCACUUACCUAGACCUGUGUGCUUCUUUGAAAAGGAAAAUUAUGUUCAUUUAAUACACUUAAUUCAUAUCAGGCAAUUGGCAUUCAGAAUUGUAAAGUAAAUGAAUUCAACAUUGAUCAGGUAAUGAACAUAAUAUAUAAUUGAUUGUCUUAAUUGUUAAAGACUGAAUUAUUGUGAAAUCACAAACAAUAAAUAAUUAGUAUAAAUGAAGUAAUUUUCAACCUGUUGUAUGCAGGCUGUUUUGAACUUUGAACCACAAUAUGCCAGCUUAUUUUUUAACAUUUUUAAAACUUACUAGAUAAAUCAUAUACAUCAUGAAAAUAAUAAAAACAUUAAAAGACGGUUUA